CGUAAGCCCUGUCUGUAAGUCUAUCAUUUUCGAAAAAAAACCCUCCUCCGCUCAGCUCCGGCGAGUCCUGUCCUCUCUCCUGCUGCCCCUCCGCACCGCCCUGCCCCUUCCGCUUCCCGAGAAACCAAACCGCAGCCUCCUUCGACCAUGCGAGAUGGUCUCCGGCCGCGGCGCCAGUCGCCUCCGCCGGGCAAGGAGACGAGGGUGGCCGGUUUCGGUCCUAAUACUUCCAAGAAGAGGAAGCUAGCGGGACACCAGCGCCGUGAAGAGGUGCCGCCGGCGGCAGUGGGCCUGGAUAUCCACGAAGAAGUGAUAGCGCCGACGCCGGGGGCGCCAGAUCCGAAAUCGACGGGCAAACUGCCCGCCGGAGGGGAGGUAGACGGAGGAGCCGUGGACCGCAUCAGCAACCUCCACGACGAUAACCUCCGCCACAUCGUCUCCCUCCUCCCCGUCAAGGACGGCGCCCGCACCCAGAUCCUCGCGUCCCGGUGGCGCCACCUCUGGCGCUCCGCCCCUCUCAAUCUCGACUACCGUGAGUUCCCCUCCGGCUGCUUGCCCCCUUACAUCGAUUCCCGCAUUGCCGUCAUCUCGCACAUCCUUUCCUCCCACCCGGGGCCCGGCCGCCGCUUCUGCAUCGAACCGUGCUACCUCCACGCCCCGGAGGCUACCGUCGACGCCUGGCUCCGGUCCGCCGCUCUGGACAAAUUGCAGGAGCUUGAGACCGGCUCUACUAUAUGCAUUGACCCGCCGCCAGCGUCCACAUUCCGCUUCUCGGCCACCCUCUGUGUUGCCACCUUGGGAAAAUGCAGCCUCCCUGACGACAUCGUCCAAGGGCUUCACUUUCCCCUCCUUAAGCAGCUCGGGCUCGAUAGUGUCCGCAUCACAGAGUUCUCGCUGGACAGCUUGAUUGCCGGAUGCACACCUGCUCUGGAGUGCUUGCUGAUCGACCGAUGCUCUGGCUUCCGUAGCGUCCGGAUCAACUCCCUUAGCCUUAUAAGCAUUGGUGUGCGUCCUGAAUGCUAUUGUGCCAUCCCAUUUCGGGAACUCAUCAUCGAGAAUACGCCUUCUCUUGAGAGGUUGCUCCAUCUUGAUUUUUCCAUUGGUAUCCAUGUAUCAAUAGUCUCCGCGCCGAAGUUGCAGACCCUAGGCUGCCUUUCUGAUGUCACCUUGCCUACAUUUGCGGAGAGCUUAAACGGCAUUUCUGGUGGGUUUCGUAACUCAGAUCAGGAUCGUCUUCCCAUGUUCGUGUUUGGCUCCACAGUUAUUAAGGGACCACGUGUUGAUAAGCUGACAACGGCAGUGCGGACAGUAAAGACUUUAGCUGUACAGAUGGGAACUCUUAGUCUGGAUACAGUUAUUGAGUUGAUGAGAUGCUUUCCAUCCUUGGAGAAGAUGUACAUUCAGCCACGUUCAGAAGGGGAAAACAAUGUGUGGCGUCGUAAGCACCGCAAUUUCAUCAGAAGUUUUGAUAUCCCUAUAAAGACAAUAGCAUUGGAAUGUUAUGAGGGCUCCAAGUCUGAAGUUGACUUUGUCACAUUCUUUGUACUGAACGCGAGACUGUUGGAGUUGAUGACAUUUCACAUUCAGUCCCAUGUUAACACGGAGGUGUUCUUUGCAGAGCAGCGCAGGGAGCUUCAGCUGGAGAAAAAGGCUUCCAAAGGUGCCCAGUUUCAUUUUACAGUCGGUAGAUGUGUCCGCAGUGUUUGGACUAUGCGUCAUGUACGUGAUUUGGGUUUAAUUGAUCCAUUCGCAUGUUGACACUGAAACCAGUUUUGGCCCAUUUUGGAGCUAUUCUUGCUUAUCAGCCUUUCUGAAAAAAAAUGAGAACGAAUCAAUAAUGGUUGCUGCAGCCAAAGAAGAAAACUUAUGUAGGUGCUCAUUUUGAUUCCAGUAGAACAUCACUAAGACUGACAGAUUGAUAAUAUGAUCUGUUGUAGUUUAUCAUGGUCAUUUUGGCUA